AUGGCAGAAGUUGAAAUCCCUCAAUAUUUUGUUUGUCCCAUUUCGUUUCAGAUCAUGGAGGACCCUGUGACUACUGUCACUGGAAUUACAUAUGAUAGAGAAGGCAUAGAGGAGUGGUUGCGUAAGGCCAAAGAUUGUGUGUGUCCUGUUACAAAACAACCACUUCCAAGAAGCUCUCAAUACUUGACCCCUAACCACACACUUCGGAGGCUAAUCCAAGCUUGGUGUUCAACAAACACAGCCAAUGGUGUUGAUCGAAUUCCAACCCCGAAAACCCCUUUAAGCAUGAUCCAAGUUCAGAAACUUGUGAAGGGUCUCGAGGCUCCUCAUUCUUGUGGAACAUCGGUGGAGAAGUUGCAUGCUUUGGCUACACAAAGCCAGAGUUACAGAAGUUGCAUGGCUGAGGCUGGUGUAGCCAAGGCCAUGGUCAAGGUGAUUAACAAUAAUUUCCAAGAAGGAAACACCAUUUGCAUAGAAGAAGCUUUGAGAAUUGUUCAUCUUCUUUGGAAAAAUGAUAAUCACAACAGCAUGAAAACUCUAGUUGGGGAGAGCUUGGACUUCAUCAACUCUUUGACUUGGAUUUUGAAGCUUCAUUUGGAUGACAACAACAUCAAGUUGGUAAACGAAGCACUGCCCCUUUUGAAGUUGACAAUCGAAGUUGCUGAUUCAACCCUUUUGGGAAAUUUAAGCCUUGAAUUCUUCAAGGAAAUGGUGAGAGUAUUGACAAAGAGAGUACUAUCUCAACAAGCUAUCAAAUCUUCUUUGCAUGUGCUUAUACAAACUAGCCUUUUGGGUAGAAACAGAACCAGGAUUGUUGAAGCAGGUGCAGUGACGCAACUCAUAGAGCUUGAGCUUGAGAAACCAGAGAAGAACAUGACAGAGCUCAUAUUCAACCUUUUGGCACAUCUGUGUUCUUGUGCUGAUGGAAGAGAACAACUUCUAAAACAUGCUGCGGGCAUUGCAGUGGUUUCAAAGAGGGUUUUGAGGGUUUCUGCUGCCACUGAUGACAGAGCCCUUCAUGUGUUUUCAGUGAUUGCUAAGUUUUCAGCAUCAAAUGAGGUUGUUCUAGAGAUGUUAAGGGUUGGAGCUGUGUCAAAGCUUUGCAUGGUGAUGCAAGCAGAUUGUGCUUCUUAUUUGAAAGAGAAAGCAAGAGACAUCCUUAGGUUGCACUCCAAAGUAUGGAACAAUUCUCCUUGCAUACAACUGUAUUUGUUUACUAGACACCAAAGAUGA